AUGAGUUCAUAUUUCGUCAACUCGCUUUUCUCCAAAUAUAAAAGCGGGGACUCGUUACGUCCGAACUACUACGAGUGCGGUUUCGCGCAGGAUCUGGCCGGCAGCCGGCCCACCGUAGUGUACGGCCCGGGCUCCGGCGCCACCUUCCAGCACGCUCCGCAGAUCCAGGACUUCUACCACCACAGCGCCUCCACGCUGCCAAGCAACCCGUACCAGCAGAGCCCCUGCGCGGUCACAUGCCACGGAGAGCCGGGGAACUUCUACGGAUACGACGCCCUGCAACGCCAGACGCUUUUCGGGGCCCAAGACGCAGAUCUGGUCCAGUACAGCGACUGUAAGCUGGGAGGUGCACCCGGACUAAGUGGCGAGGACGCGGAGGGAACUGAGCAAAGCCCCUCACCCACGCAGCUGUUCCCCUGGAUGAGGCCGCAAGCUGCUGGACGGAGGCGGGGCCGUCAAACCUACAGCCGCUACCAGACUCUGGAGCUGGAAAAGGAGUUCCUGUUCAAUCCCUACCUGACCCGAAAACGCCGCAUCGAGGUGUCUCACGCGUUGGCACUGACGGAGAGACAGGUGAAGAUCUGGUUCCAGAACAGGAGGAUGAAAUGGAAGAAAGAGAACAACAAGGACAAGUUCCCCAGCAGCAAGAGCGAGCAGGAGGCAGUGGAGAGGGAGAGGAGGGAGAACGAGAUACGGGAUGGCGGGCCGGGAAGAGCUGGAAGCGGAGGAGAAGGCGAUGGAGGAGGUGGAGGAGGAGGAGUAGCGGUGACGGUGCCGGUACCUUUACCUUUACCUGUAGCUGUACCUGUACCUGUACCUGUACCGGUGGCGGGCACGGCGGGGUCACAGGCCUCUGUGAACGAGGAUUGCUGCGAGAAGACCCACAAGCAAAUGUAG